GAAAGAAGGGAAGGAGGAUCCAGAGCCGCCACUGACACAGCAGAGCUAAUACUCUGAGCACACACCCACCUACACAAACACACACCUGUGGCUGCAGCACACUGUUCAGAGCACUACAGAGGAGGACCUCAGCCCGACCACAGGAAGGAUCUCACAAGACAAGUCCACUUUGACUUCAGAAAAAAAAAAGUGUGUUUUUGAGAGCAGUGGGAGAGAGCUGAGCCCAGAGAGAGAGAGAGAGGACACCCCGACACUCAGCAGAACCGCAUAGUCCACCCGAGACUAGACAGAGGAGAGGGAAGGCUGCUGAGAAUGGACCGCAAUCCGCAGAUCUGGACUGUGCAGGGCAACCCCCAGGACACGGGCAGAGAGCUGCAGAAGAGGGUGUCGGUCGUGAACCAGCCCGAGUGCUCCAUCUGCUACAACACCUACGACAAUGUCUUCAAGACGCCCAAGCUGCUGGAGUGCACCCACACCUUCUGCCUGGAGUGCCUCUCCCGCCUCAUGGCCGUGUCUCAGGCCGAGCUCGACAGCAACAGGGGCAGCAACAGUGACAGCAAACACCUCUCCUGUCCCUUCUGUCGCCACCCCACCGCACUCUCAGAGGAGGGCCCCCCCGCCUUGGCCACCAGCCGCGAGGUCCUGUGCAAGCUGCCCAACCACCAGCAGCAGGAGAAGCCGGUGUGGCUGGAGGGGGGGAAGCUAUGCUACAAAAGCUCACGGCACAGCACCAGCGUGGGCACCCCCGACAGUCCCACGGCCCUCUGCGUCUGCAUUGAGAUUGGGGCCACCAAGACGGCCGUCCCGGUCCAGACACCGCCCCCCAGUGGUGGCCUGCUGGGUCGCCUGACAGACUGGAAGAGGCUGAUGCUCUUCAUCGCGCUCAUCCUGCUGCUGGUGGUCAUCGUGCUGUGGCCUCUGCAGUGUGUGUUCACCACUGGGAACAUGCGCUGCAUACGACAGAGCCUAGGCCCCACCGCCACUCCAACCACGUCUUUUUCUGACCUAAUUACCAGACAACCUCGUCCAACAGAGUAACCCUCUGGACACUCGCUGGACUUCAUUCCAACUGCAUUUUAUUGUAUAUGAGAUUUUUAUUUUAAAUAUCUGACACUGAGGUUCUGUUGCAUGUCUUCAAAUAGAUUUUGAAAAGCGCACUUGAUGAUUGAGACACACAACUGACAACACUGAACCCCCGAUGUUAAAGCCCUAAUGUAAAGGCUUUUUAAACGUCGGACUUUAGUGAUCCCCGGUGGCAGUUUAAAAAAAGACACCUGGACAGACACGGGGCCGACUCUGGACAUUAUAUCAAAUAUUAUCUGGAUCAUUGGAAUUAUUGUAAAGAUUUAAAUCAUAAUCUCAUACACAAAUCUCCACAAAGCUGCUUCAACUAUACAAAUAUUGAAUUGAUCAUUCUCUAUUCAUCCCUCGUUCUACAUGAGACUGUUCAUACAGGCCCGUGAAAGACAACACUCUAAAACCCUCAUGUUGGGUGAAGCAAACAGACUAAACAUUUGCACUAUAACCGACACCUGUAGCUUGAAAUGAGACAAAAGGACUUUUCCACUGUUUUUGUCAUCAUCCUUCAAGGAUCACACAACAAAGAGCUCAGGUGGGUCGAUCUUCACCAUUUCACACAAGCCAAACUGGGAUGUUUAAAAUGUCCUUGGCUGAAGGAUGACAUUUCGUUUUAGUAAUUAAUAGAAAAGUGUUUGUCGCAAAUUCGCAAUAGAGAAUAGAUGUGAUUCAAUUGUGCCAACUGAAAAGUUUAUACUGUACAAAUGAUUUGUGUGUUUCUGAUGAAGAUAUCUUUGUUUACAGAACUGUAAUAAAACAAAUGUGAGGUACCAACUCAGAUCCUGUUUGUACACGCAGCCUCAGAAUGAAUAAUGAUAUCACUUGAUUUGGAA